GGUGCUACGUCACGCUACACGGGCGCUGCAACUCCACGAACUAGUAAUGUGAUGGUGUUGUGGUUGUGCAUGCUGCCGACACCUCUCCCGCUCCCUGAGUGUUAUCUGGAGUAGAAAACCAUCAGGGAGAGCUCACCACGCAUGGAGUUGAGCUCGGAGCCUGUGGUGGUAACACUGGAGAUGUCGCAGAUCACAAGCAAAGACGAUGAUGGUGUCGGAGACUACGAGAGCCUGCCACCUCAUGUCUCAGUGACGACCCACAUGACAGCCGGAGCCGUGGCUGGCAUACUGGAGCACACCGUGAUGUACCCCGUGGACUCUGUCAAGACAAGGAUGCAGAGCCUGCAGCCAGACCCAAACGCUCAGUACCGGAGUGUGUAUGAGGCUCUGAAGAGGAUCAUCCGCACAGAGGGGGUCUUCAGGCCACUCAGGGGUCUAAACAUCACCAUGAUGGGAGCUGGACCGGCUCAUGCGCUCUACUUUGCCUGCUACGAACGGGUCAAACGCUCGCUGAGUGACGUCAUUCAGAGUGGUGGCAACAGCCAUUUAGCCAACGGUGUGGCAGGCAGUGUGGCCACAGUCCUCCACGAUGCCAUCAUGAACCCAGCUGAAGUGAUAAAGCAGAGGAUGCAAAUGUACAACUCUCCAUAUCGAGGACUUGUAGACUGUGUUCGAACGUUAACGCGUACCGAGGGUGUUGGAGCCUUCUACCGCAGCUACAGCACACAGCUGACCAUGAACAUCCCAUUCCAGGCCGUUCACUUCAUCACCUAUGAGCUGAUGCAGGAACAGCUAAACCCCCACAGACAUUACCACCCAGGCAGCCACAUCUUGUCUGGAGCGGCCGCAGGAGCCAUUUCCGCAGCAAUAACCACUCCUCUCGACGUUUGUAAGACUUUGCUUAACACACAGGAAAACGUUGCGCUCAGCUCCAUGAACAUCAGCGGUCACCUCUCGGGAAUGGCGAAUGCUUUCAGGACUGUGUACCGGCUCGGAGGUAUGCCGGCGUUCUUUAAAGGGGUCCAAGCUCGGAUAAUUUACCAGAUGCCCUCCACUGCCAUCGCCUGGUCUGUGUACGAGUUUUUCAAGUACUUCCUGACUAAACAGCAGCUGGAAUCGGAGACAGGACCCAGACCCAUGUAAUGGAAAAUUUAGAGUUAACUACGCCUCGAGUGGAACUGAUGAAAGUCUGUCCAAGGAAGUAACAUCAGUUUCCGUCUCAAAGGUAAUUCACCAUUAUGAAGGACUGGUGAACAGUGUCACUCCUAUUGUUCUCUUAAGUCUACGUAUGUUAGAGAUGAAGUUGCACAACAAGGAUAUGCAACAGAUACAACAAUUCAUAGACGGACAGAUGUAGAAGGAUUAAAUGGUCCUCUUCCUCCUUCCUCCUUCACUCCACAAACUUAUCAACUCUCCAAACCGUGCUCUUCUUUUUUUUUUUUUUGGCUAUAAUUAAGUUGUCUUGAAUGAUGUUUAUAGUUCUUAAUAUUGGAGCUUUUUAUUUAUUUUGUUAGCUUUUUCAAGGCUUGUGUUUUAUGGAUGCGGAAGACCCACAGUGCUGUUUGUUUGUUGUAUUUCAUUGUGUAUUUAUAAAAAAAAAAACAUUACAACACAUUCCUUUCAUUCACUCCUCGGCCAACGGAACAGUUUUUCCAAGUGCCUCAUAAAUAUUAAACGCUGCUUCACAUUUAUUUCCCUCUUUUGCUUUCUGUUUUUUUUUUACAGAGAAUUAUUUUUUCUCCUCCAUAUUUACUUUUUGUAAUGGCAAAAAAAAAGGGCGCUAUUCACUGUUCUUUGUUUUUACUGGUCAGAACUGAACUUGUCAUUGAGCGCUGUUUUUUCUUUACUUCAUGUUCAAGGAAAAAUCUGCUGCAGCUCUAUUUUUUUUAUACAGCUUUUUUUUAAGUGCAAAGUUUCAUGAGGCAUUCUGUCACUCCAAGUUUCAAGAUAUGUGGUCCUACUAUUUGCCUUGUGAAACACCUCACUACCAUGCUUCUGAAUCACGCACAACAGCAGAGAAUCAUAGCUGUCGCAGAAAUUAGGCAGCUUGUUUAUAUGUAUUCAAAAACAGAAUAUAUAUUAUAAAGAACUUAAUGAUGCAGGUCCAAAGGUGGAUGGAAAAAAAGGCUGUUACUUGAGAUAGUGGCCAAAUCUUAGCUUUACAGUGGCCUGUGUUGUCUGUGUGUCAUAUUGACCUUUGACCUAAAGGUUGUAGAUUGUAUAUUUUCAGAGUAUAAGUUGUAUAAAUGCAGACUUUAUCAACUUCAAAUGUUGGAUAAGGUUUUUUUCUGAAACCAUGAAAGUAAUCUUUGCUAUUCCUUCCAUUUUUGUCUCAUCCUGUUAUAGUUUCAUAUUUCCUGUGUGAUCUGCUCUCUGCAGCCUCUUUUCUAUUUUCCAUUCAGUAAUCAAGACAUUCCUCCAGAUAUUGAUGUAAUCUAACAAGCAGCCAGAUUUAUUUGCUUUUGAUUAAGGGGUUUUUCUUCCUUUGGUAGAGUUCAGAGAGUUCAUCUGAUUCCAUUAGUCCCACAAACCGUUUAGCGAUGCAUUCAAAUGCCUGUUAAGUACUUGAUUUACCAAAGACAUGCAUCAUAUGCUAUGCAUCUUACUUUGAACCUGUCAUGGCGAUGCUGUUUACCUGUCAGCUGUGAAUCAUUCCACCUUUGUGCCCCAAUAUUUCUGCUUGUUAAAGUGACACAUAUCCUCAGUCUUCAGAGGCUGGAUGGUAUCUUUGCGGCCUUAUUGUUUUCAGUUUCUCAAACAUACUUUAAGAUUACUCAAAUACUUGACAAAACAGCAGAUAUAAGACAAGAAGUAGAGUUGCGUUACAAUUCUUACUACCUGCCCCUGGUGGGAUACCUUGACUUGACAAAAAAGGGUACCCCUCUUAUACGUGUGUGAUUUUUUAAAACAUCUGUUUAACAUUGAAUGCUUACAUUUGCUGGCUUUGCAAACACGACACUCUCUGCAAGCAGAUUUACAAUGUAACCAGAUUUUCACUUAAUGAUCCAUCACAGUUUAGAUUACAUAAAGUAAUGCAUUUCACAUAAACAGAUGAAGGGUUUGUCAGCUUGACUAUAAAAGCUGCCUAUUUACCAGACUCAUACAGCUGUGUUGUUCCUUACUAAAUCUAAUCAGAGUUAGGUUUUUCUGUGACUCAUCUGACUUUAAAGUAAAAAAUCAGCAGGUCAGAAUAGUGUCUGAUUUCAUGUGUUACACUGUCAGUCACUCUGCCUGCCUGUCUCCAUUAUCAUCACUUUUAAUCCCCAAAUUGUGUCUGUGUCCAGUACUUCCCUACGUCAAAGUAGUGUUUCUACUCGAUGCUUACAUUUCAAUGGAGACAGAUGAGCCGAUAUAAUCAUAUGUGGCAUUUUCCAUGAUGUAAAUAUUUGAAUGCUAUGAACGCACAAAUGAUAGAAGUGGGAGUUCUGAUAAUAUUUUUUGCUGUGUGCCAUCUCCACAACAGGAAUGCUUGGAAGAUUGACCAUGCAACUAUGAAAUGAUUGUAACAAUGCUGCUACAGUUUGUAACACUGGAGCCCAAAUAAACAUGCAAAUAAGGUAUGCUC